AUGGGUCUGUUUUUUCUCUGUAAGAAAUUCUUGUUUCUUGGCAUUUACUUUGGGGGUCGUUUUGUUAACACCAACGCUACCUGUGCAGCAGACGACGUUCUCAGCAGUUCUUACAUCUGCUGCUCCCGUUGUGUGUGCUGCAGGCGCGGGCGGCUGGAGGGAACGUGUGCUGCCGGCUACUUCUGCCUUGCUGGGAGCUCUCAGGCUACUCCACAGGGCCACGUUUUUUCCUGGCGCUUCCUGUCCGAGUGCCGCUGGGGGAAGCUGUGUGCUGGGCUGUGCCCCGCAGGUUUCUACUGCCAAGAAGGUUCUGAGGUGCCUAUACCAUGUCCUGCCAAUACCCUUAGAAGCAUCCCAGGAGCAAAGCAGAGAGAGGACUGCCUGCCCUGUCCACCAGGCCGCUGGUGCAAAGCAGGAGAGUCAGAGGCCUAUCCAUGUCCCUCAGGACACUAUUGCUUUGGAGGCAAUGGUACUGAGGACAGCCCAGCGCCGCAGAAGUGCCCUCCACACACUUACCGUGAGGACCCAGGAGCUCAGAGCGUGGCAGAUUGCCAGCCAUGCCCUCCAGGCUAUCAGUGCCCCUUUGCAGGCCUGACCAAUUUUGAAGAUCAUCCCUGCCCCUUGGGAUACUGGUGCCCUGGUAAAGGGGAUGCUUUCCUUUGCCCACCUGGCACCUCCAGGAUCCAGCCUGGGGCAGCAUCAUUGGAAGACUGUGAUCCCUGUUCGCCCGGAUAUUAUUGCCCAGAUCCAGCACAGACAGGGCUGCCAAACACCCAGGGAGUGCCUUGUAAGGCUGGCUAUGAGUGCCCACCAGGCCUGGCUCAUACUGUGCUGUUGGCACAGCUGUGCCUUCGACGUGCCCUGGUGGGUAUUACUGUCCAGAAGGAUCAUCAACCUACAAUAGCCCUGAGCAGCUGUGUGUGUUUCCCUACUACUGUCCCCCAGGCAGUGCCCAUCCACUGGUCUGUGAAGGAGGAUACAUGGCGCUCAGUUUGCCUGGUCCAAGGGAUUCCUUUGAGAAAUUUUGCAGGAUCUGUGACGCAGGCACCUAUCGCAAUGACUCUCUCCUCGCAGCCCCAUGUCAGCCCUGUCCAGCAGGCUUCAUCUGCCCGCAGGGCAGUGAGAGCUACCAGCAGCAGCCGUGUCCCCGAGGCUACUACUGCCCUGCCCUGGUGCCUGCCCCGCUGGCCUGUCCCCCCGGGACCCACGGGAGCAGCAGCUUUGCGAAGCGUGUCGAGGAGUGCCAGGCCUGUCCUGCGGGCUCCUUCAAUCACCUUCCCGCUCAGCCUGCCUGUUUCCCCUGUGGCAGCUCUUCUUCCUCUCCACCCGGUGAGUCACUGGUUUUGA